AUGUCGGCAGCCAAACGAGUUGCUCAAUCUUCGGUCAACUGGGCUAAGCUGUCCGAAAAGUUGAUUGCCAACCAUCAGGCCGAGCUCACUAAGCUGAAGGGCCAGAACAGCACUUUCGGAGCUGUGUAAGUUGUUUAUUUAUGGCUGUUUUGGAUUUUAGAUUGGGCGUCUAGGUUAACAUUUGCUUUUGAGAAAAUACAGUGGUUAACUUUGAAGUUUGAUGGGAGACUGGUCUUUAAAUGAAAUAAGAGUUUAUUUUUUACGUUUGUAAGACGUUUUGCUUAGUAAAAGGGUUUUAUAUUUGAGUUAUAUUGUUUUAUGCAGACUAUCUACAUCAAUAUCGGAAUUUUUGUAGUUCUUACGGAAAUCUGGAUGUUGGAGCUUUUACUUACUAUUAUUUGAUAUGUAGGCUAAAUAUCUAUUUUUAAAACAAUUUAUAGUUUUAUAUGGGUUCUAGAAUUAUAGUUAUGUUUUUUUUUACUUUUGAUAUAAACAUCAAUACCUCAAUAUUUUUAGUGUAAACACACUGCCAGCUGAUCUGCCCAAGGUUGACUUUGCUCAGCUGAAGAAGGAGCUUCCUGAUCACGCCAAAAUCUUGGACUCUCUUCAGAAACAAUUCGAAGCCAUCAAGAUCCCAUAUGGUGAAGUGCCAAAGGACUUGAGCGCUGAAGUCGACAAAUGGGUUCAAUUUAACGAAGCUCGUGUUAAAUUGAACAACUUGAAGGCCGCUGAUGGUGCUGCUGAAGCUAAGAAGAAGGUAAGGGGUUUUAUCUUGCCUCUUUAUUAAUUUUAGGGAUAAAAUUUAUAUAAACUACUAUAAUAUAAUAAAAUUUAGGAAGAAAAAUGGGCCAAUGCUCCACCAGUCGAACAAAUGUGUUUGGAACACUUGCCUCAGUACUUCCCACACAAAUAUGCUGAUUUGCGUUACGAAAAGCGCAUCCGUAAGUUUUUUUUAUCUAUUUUUUUUAUGUUUAGGUAUCAAGUUGAAGGGAAAUAGAUGAAUAGCUAAAUUACCACUUUUAAUUCUGAUUUUUUGGCUUUUCAUAGUCUUUUUAUGUGGUGUUUUGCUACAUUUUUUUAAAUUUGCUACAGGGAUUUGCUUUUAUUACUAUAGGUAAUAUAGCCGACGCCCCAUAGCCAUAUCAAGGAGAUACCGAUCAAAUAUUCAAGGUUAAUACAAAACAUUGUUUCAGCUGAUCCAUGUGACGUCGGAUUCAACGAAGCCGAAGCCUUGGAGACUCGCUUCCGUGACUACAAAGUUCUUCGUCGCCCAGACAAGGUCGAUGACCAUUAG